GUUCCAGGAUUUUGACCCAGCGACAGUGAAGGAGCGGUAAUAUAUUUCCAAGUCAGGAUGGCUACACAAGUCCAUGCUCAAGUCACUAGUACUGUGGUUCAGGCCACACUGCCAGGAUCACCGGUGAUGACUAGUCCUCCUCAGAAAAUCCAGUUAAUCUCCACAGACUCUCCUGUAUCCUCUCCUCAAAGGAUCCAGAUUGUAACUGAUCAACAAACAGGGCAGAAAAUACAGAUAGUGACAGCCUUAGACACAGCUGUAUCCUCCAAAGAGUUUAUCUUGGCCACUGCGGAUGGCAGAGGUGCAGGAAAGGUAAUAUUGGAUGGUGGAGACAACACAGCCCAAGGAAAAUUUGUUCUGACAACGCCUGAAAGCUCCAGUUCAAAGCAGCUAAUUCUCACCACUACAGAUGGCAUUGUACCCCAAAGAUUUCAGAUUGUGACAGAUGCAGCUGCAGUAGAACAUCUGUUAAUAAAAACAGAAGUACAACGGUCACAGCCAGUCGAAUACUGUGUCGUGUGUGGAGACAAAGCAUCAGGACGUCACUAUGGUGCUGUCAGCUGCGAGGGUUGUAAAGGAUUCUUCAAACGUAGUGUGAGGAAAAAUCUGACGUACAGCUGCCGUAGCAGUCAAGACUGUGUCAUCAACAAGCACCAUCGUAACCGCUGUCAGUUCUGCAGGCUUCAAAAAUGUUUAGAGAUGGGCAUGAAAAUAGAAUCUGUUCAGUGCGAGAGAAAACCGAUUGAAACACAGCGAGAAAAACCAGCAAACUGCGCAGCUUCCACGGAAAAAAUCUACAUCAGGAAAGACCUGAGGAGCCCACUCACAGCCAUGCCAACAUUCAUCGCAGGGAAAGAUGGAGAGCGAACGAAUCUGUUUGAAUCAGGAGCGCUGGUGAAUAUUCAGCAACCAUUAAUACAGACAGACAGUGGUGCAGUUCUAGUGGCUGCAGACCCUAAGGCUGAAACAAGCCAAGGUGAUUUGGGUACGCUGGCUAAUGUCGUCACCUCACUAGCAAAUCUCAGCAAGGGAAAAGAUGAUUCACAGAGUCCGAGUGACCUUCCAGCAAUUGAAGCACUUAAUAAUGGAGACAUCAGUGUCACAGAUCUACAGCAAGAGGAUCAGUCUACCAAUGAGAUUACACGGGCAUUUGACACUUUGGCGAAAGCACUGAGCCCUUCGGAUGGGGGCAGUGUGCCUGUUCUGAUGGAAGGUUUGGAAGCUAUAGGAGGUGCCAAUAUCCAGCUGAUGAGCAGAGACCAAUCGAUGCCCUUAAUCGAGGUGGAAGGACCUUUACUGACAGAUACCCAUGUAAUCUUCAAGCUGACCAUGCCCACCCCGAUGCCUGAGUACCUGAAUGUACAUUACAUCUGUGAAUCUGCCUCCAGACUUCUCUUCCUCUCCAUGCACUGGGCCAGAUCUAUUCCAGCAUUCCAGGCUCUAGGUCAGGACUGUAACACAAGCCUGGUGCGAGCCUGCUGGAAUGAGCUGUUCACCCUGGCCCUAGCACAGUGUUCUCAAGUGAUGAACCUUUCCACUAUCCUGACUGCUAUUGUAAACCACCUGCAGAGCAGCCUGCAGCAAGACAAGCUUUCUGCAGACAGAGUGAAAGUGGUGAUGGAACACAUUUGGAAGCUGCAGGAAUUCUGUAACAACAUGGCCAAGCUGGGCAUUGACAGGUUCGAAUACGCUUACCUCAAGGCUAUUGUUCUCUUCAGUCCCGAUCACCCAGGGCUCAGUAAUACAAGUCAGAUUGGAAAGUUCCAAGACAAAGCACAGAUGGAAUUACAAGAUUACGUGCAAAAAACAUAUCCUGAAGAUAGCUACAGAUUGGCCCGAAUCCUACUCCGUCUCCCAGCUCUUCGAUUGAUGAAUUCCAGCAUCACAGAGGAGCUCUUCUUUACUGGCCUCAUUGGAAAUGUUCAGAUUGACAGUAUAAUUCCUUACAUCCUGAGAAUGGAAACUGCAGAAUACAACAGCCAGAUCAUCGGUACAUCAGCGUGA